GAAAGAAAAUUAUGGAAUGGCUAUAACCAUGGAUAUCUUGGGAGACACAUCAAUAUCUCCCUCCUAUAUGAUCUUCUUAUUUUUAAAUUUCUUUUUUAAAUUAUGCAUUGGUAUCCAAGGACCCUCACCACAGAUCUUCCAGUUUACAUACCCCACAUACAAUGCCACUGUUUACGAAAAUUCUGCUGCCCGGACGUACCUCAACAGUCAAACAAAAAUUGGAAUCAAGUUAGCCAACCUAUCCUGGGACAUCAAAUACAGGAUCAUGUCUGGAGAUGAAGAAGGAUUUUUUAAAGCGGAAGAAGUUGUAAUCGGAGACUUUUGUUUUUUAAGGAUUCGAACAAAAGGUGGAAAUUCUGCCAUCCUGAACAGAGAAAUUCAAGAUAGCUAUUUAAUAUCAAUAAAAGCAUCAGUGAGGGGAGAAGACUUAGAGGCUUGGACAAAAGUUAACAUACAGGUCUUGGAUAUGAAUGAUCUCAGACCUCUGUUUUCCCCAACAACCUACUCUGUCACAAUUGCCGAGAGUACACCGAUAAGGACUAGCAUUGCGCAAGUUACUGCCACGGAUGCCGAUAUUGGAUCCAAUGGGGAAUUUUAUUACUAUUUUAAGAACAAAGUAGAUCUAUUCUCUGUUCAUCCAUCUAGUGGGGUUGUUUCGUUAAGUGGGCGCUUAAAUUACGAUGAGAAAAACCGAUAUGACCUAGAAGUGUUGGCUGUAGAUCGUGGGAUGAAAUUAUAUGGCAACAAUGGCGUAAGCAGCACUGCCAAACUUUUUGUUCACAUUGAACGUAUUAAUGAACAUGCUCCCACAAUCACUGUGGUCACUCACAUUCCUUCCAUGUUGGAUGUGGAUCCUUCUUAUGCCAUAAUUACGGUUGAUGACAUAGAUGAAGGUGCAAAUGGUGACAUUGAGUCUGUUUCAAUAGUGGCAGGAGAUGCAUUGCAACAGUUUUCUUUGGCUAAAGAGGGAAAAUGGAUGAACGAGUAUAAAAUCAAACAAAAAAGUCCUAUUGGCUGGGACAGUUUUCCAUAUGGUGUUAAUCUGACACUUCAGGCAAAAGAUAAAGGGUCUCCUCAGAGAUCUUCUGAAAUGAAAUAUGUACAUAUUGCUAGCCCUAAAAAGGAAAAGGUGAAAGCUGAGUUUGAAAAAGAUGUUUAUGAAGUAACUGUGAGUGAGUUCUCACCCCCUGGUGCUGUUGUUGCAAUAGUGAAGGUGCAGCCCAUGACCAUAUCUGUGGAAUACAAAAUUUCUGAGAGUGAAGAUUCUGAAUAUUUUAAGAUUAAUGCAAGAACAGGUCUUAUCACCACAGCCCGUCCUCUAAACUUGGUUGGGAAAGAUACUUAUGAAAUCACAGUUGUACAAAAAGGCAGUGAUAGUAAAGCUAAAGUCAUGAUCAGGCUAGAAGAUGCCAACGAUCACAUUCCGCAGUUCCAGCAAAGUUCAUAUGAGGCAUUUGUCAAUGAAAGUGUUCCCAUUGGAACUAGCAUUUUGAUGGUUUCUGCUUCUGAUAUGGAUAAAGGAGAAAAUGGUUAUAUCACGUACAGCAUAGCUAGCCUGCAUUCUUUGCCUUUUGCCAUUAACCAGUUUACGGGAACUAUCAGCACCUCUGAUGUUCUCGACUUUGAGUCUUCUCCUGAAAGUUACAGAUUCGUUGUGAGAGCAUCUGAUUGGGGUUCCCCAUAUCGCCAUGAGAGUGAAGUGAACAUAACCAUUCAUAUAGGGAAUGUUAAUGAUAAUAAACCAUUGUUUGAGAAGGUAGCAUGUCAAGGAGUAAUCUCCUUUGACUUUCCAACUGGUGGACAUAUCACAGCAGUCUCUGCAAUCGAUAUAGAUGAGUUAGAACUUGUCAAGUAUAAGAUAAUUUCUGGAAAUGAGCUUGGAUUUUUCUACUUGAAUCCUGAUUCUGGGGUUUUACAACUUAAGAAAUCCUUUAUUAGUUCUGGUUUAAGAAACAGCAAUUUUGCUCUUAAGAUCACUGCUACUGAUGGGGAAUACUUUGCAGACCCCAUGUUUGUUAACAUAACCAUUGUCCAUGGCAAGGUACCUUCAAAGUAUUUUGAUUGUAAAGAAACAAGGGUUGCCCAGAAAUUAGCAGAGAAGCUUCUAAAAAAGUCUAAAGCCAAUGCCAAGCUUAAUUAUGAAGAUGGUUUGUUUGAUUUCUAUUCUGUAAACCGACAGCCACCCCAGUUUGACAAGUCAUUUCCAUCGGAUGUAUCAGUGAAGGAGGACCUCUCUGUGGGAGCUUCUUUUCUUAGGAUUAAAGCUAGUGAUCCAGAUUCAGGGUUUAAUGGAAAGGUACUUUAUACAAUUACAGAUGGCAAUAUGGAUAGCUGUUUUACUAUUGACUUAGAAUCGGGUCAACUGAGUGUUUUAAUGCCGAUGGACAGAGAAACAACUGAUAAGUAUCUACUUAACAUUACAGUAUAUGACCUAGGAAAUCCCCAGAGGUCUUCAUGGCGAUUGCUAACUAUCCAUGUAAAUGAUGCAAAUGAUAACAAUCCCAUCUUCCUCCAUGAAAGUUAUUCAGCUAAUGUCCUAGAGAGCACAAGCAUAGGGACAGAAUUGAUUCAGGUAGAAGCUAGGGACAAGGAUCUCGGGCCAAACGGUGAAGUCACUUACUCUAUUUUAACAGACACAAAAAAAUUCGCUAUUAACAGCUCUACUGGAAUAGUAUAUAUAGCUGACCAACUGGACAGAGAGCUUAUGUCCAACUACACUUUGAAAAUUGAGGCGAGAGACAAAGCAGAAAAUGGCCAGCAGCUUUUUUCUGUCGUUACAUUAAGGGUCUACUUGGAUGAUGUCAAUGAUUGUUCUCCAGUUUUCAUCCCUGUUAGCUACACUGCUAGGGUGCUUGAAGACCUUCCAGUUGGUACUGUCAUCUCUUGGCUUGAGACGCAAGACCCUGACCUUGGCCUCGGAGGUCAAGUCCGUUACUCAUUGGUAAAUGACUACAAUGGAAGAUUUGAGAUUGAUAAAACCAGUGGUGCUAUUCGCUUAAACAAAGAGUUGGACUAUGAAAAGCAACAGUUCUACAAUUUGACAGUAAGGGCUAAGGAUAAGGGUCGCCCAGUCUCUCUCUCAUCUGUCUCUUUUGUUGAGGUUGAAGUGGUGGAUGUUAAUGAAAAUCUGCAUACUCCUUACUUUACGGAUUUUGCUGUAACAGGAUCUGUAAAGGAAAAUUCACGUAUCGGAACUAGUGUUUUGCAAGUUUUGGCGAGAGAUGAAGAUAGUGGCCGUGAUGGUGAAAUACAGUACUCUAUAAGAGAUGGCAGUGGACUGGGAAGAUUUAACAUAGAUGAAGAAACUGGGAUCAUAUACACUGCAGAUAUCCUGGAUAAGGAAACCACAGACUCAUACUGGCUCACGAUUUAUGCCACAGACCGAGGGGUUGUGCCGCUCUUCUGUACCAUAGAGGUUUACAUUGAAGUGGAAGAUGUUAACGAUAAUGCGCCUCUGACUUCCCAACCCAUCUACUAUCCCAGCGUUAUGGAGAACUCCCCAAAAGACGUGUCUGUGCUGCAGGUGCAGGCUGUGGACCCAGAUUCUAAUACCAGUGAUAAGCUGACCUACAGGAUCACAAGCGGGAACCCACAGAACUUCUUUGCAAUCAAUGCUAAAACAGGUCUCAUUACUACAACGUCACGAAAAUUGGACCGGGAACAACAGGCAGAACAUUUUCUGGAGGUAACCGUCAGUGAUGGAGGUCCUUCACCCAAGCAGUCCACGGUCUGGGUCAUUGUUCAAGUUCUGGAUGAAAAUGAUAACAAGCCUCAGUUUCCAGAGAAGGUCUAUCAAAUCAAACUUCCUGAGAGAGAUAGGAAAAAACGGGGUGAACCCAUUUACAGAGCCUUUGCGUUCGACAAAGACGAGGGCCCCAAUGCAGAGAUUUCCUAUAGUAUCGUAGAUGGGAAUGAGGAUGGAAAGUUCUUUAUUGACCCUAAAACAGGCCUGGUGUCUUCAAGAAAGCAGUUUUCAGCAGGGAGUUACGACAUCCUAACAAUAAAAGCUGUAGAUAAUGGCCGCCCACAAAAGUCUUCUACUGCUCGUCUGCAUAUUGAAUGGAUUAAGAAACCUCCUCCGUCACCGAUCCCUCUCACCUUUGACGAACCAUUUUACAAUUUCACCAUCAUGGAAAGUGACAAAGUGACCGAAAUUGUGGGAGUGGUCACGGUGCAGCCUUCAAAUAUACCUUUGUGGUUUGAUGUAGAAGGUGGCAAACUUGCCCGGGAGAUGUUCUAUAUUCUGCAGACAGCUUGCGGGCAGAACUGCUCUUCAGAAGGUGGCAAUGUGGACAGCACUUUUGACAUUGAAAAAGGAGUGGGGACAAUUGUGAUUGCUAAGCCACUGGAUGCUGAACUCCGCUCAAGCUACAAUAUGACGGUGGAGGUCACAGAUGGGACAAACGUUGCAAGCACUCAGGUUCUCAUUCGAGUUUUUGACAACAAUGAUAAUGGCCCAGAGUUUACCCAAUCCAGUUAUGAGGCCACCAUGUCAGAAGACGUCCUCCCAGAAACGGAGAUUCUACAGAUCAAAGCCACAGAUAAAGACGAGAACCACAAACUAAGUUACAUCAUCCACAGCAGCAUCGACCCAAUGAGUAUGAAGAAGUUCCGCAUUGAUCCUAACACAGGCACACUCUACACAGCAGAACGGCUGGACCAUGAAACCCAGGCCCAUCACACUCUCACCAUCAUGGUGAAAGAUCAGGAGUUCCCGUACCGCCGCAAUCUGGCUCGUGUUAUGAUUACAGUGGAAGAUGCUAAUGACCACAGUCCGUACUUCACCAGCCCGCUAUACGAGGCCUCUGUGUUUGAAUCCGCUGCUAUUGGCUCUGCUGUUAUACAGGUCACUGCCCUGGACAGAGACAAAGGAGAAAAUGCAGAACUUAUCUAUUCUAUUGAGACAGGUAACACUGCCAACACAUUUAAAAUUGAACCAGUAUUGGGCAUCAUCACUGUUGCCAAGGAACCAGACAUGUCCACGAUGGGUCAGUUUGUGCUGUCUGUCAAAGUAACUGACCGUGGGAGUCCACCUCUUUCUGCUGCUGCCAUUGUGAGGAUUUCACUAUCUUUGUCUGACAAUUCCAACCCAAAGUUCACGCAGAACGAGUACCAGGCUGAGGUUCAAGAAAACGUGGAUGUAGGAACACCAGUUGUAUUAGUGUCAGCAAUAAGCCAAUCCACACUAGUUUAUGAGAUCAGAGUUGGGAAUUCUGAAGGAGCCUUCACAAUUAACCCCUAUUCUGGAGUUAUAACGACACAAAAAGCACUUGAUUAUGAGCAAAUACCAUCUUACCAGCUCAUCAUUCAAGCUACAAACAUGGCAGGCAUGGCAUCCAACACCACUGUUAAUAUCCAGAUUCUUGACCAAAAUGACAAUGCACCGGUGUUCCUCAGUUCCCAAUAUAUUGGUAGUAUCAGUGAAGCAGCCCCGAUCAACAGCAUAGUUCGGAACUCUGACAAAUCUCCAUUGGUCAUAAGAGCAACCGAUGCUGAUAGCAACCAGAACGCCUUGCUUGUGUACCAGAUUGUCGAAUCAACAGCCAAAAAAUACUUCACUGUGGAUUCCAGCACUGGUGCGAUACGGACUAUAGCUUAUCUGGAUCAUGAAACCAUAGCAUAUUUCCACUUUCAUGUGCAUGUAAGAGAUAGUGGAAGUCCCCAACUCACUGCCGAAAGUCCAGUUGAAGUCUCUAUUGAUGUAAGUGAUGUUAAUGAUAACCCUCCGGUAUUUACAGAAGCAGUAUUUGAAACAACGUUACUUCUACCAACCUAUGCUGGUGUUGAAGUCCUACAGGUCAGUGCACGCGAUCCAGAUCUAGCCAUUCCGCAAGAGCUGAGUUAUACCCUAACUGAAGGAAACUUGAAUCAUUUUGUAAUUGACUCUAACAGUGGAGUGAUUACUGUAAAAAACAGCAGUUUAUCUAAAGAUCAUUACAUGCUAAUGGUCAAAGUAUCAGAUGGGAAAUUUUAUAGCACUGCCAUCGUAACCAUAUUAGUAAAAGAAGCCAUGGACAGUGGUCUACAUUUUACCCAAGACUUUUAUUCAGCAUCUAUAGCAGAAAACACCACGAAUGUUACAAAAAUUGCUGUGGUGAAUGCAGUGGGUCAUCGCCUCAAUGAGCCCAUAAAAUAUACAAUAUUGAACCCAGGAAAUAAAUUUAAGAUCAAAUCCACUUCUGGAGUUAUCCAAACCACAGGAAUCCCAUUUGAUAGAGAAAAAGAGGAGGUCUAUGAGCUGGUAGUAGAAGCGAGUCGGGAAUUAGAUCAUCUCCGCGUGGCACGGGUUGUUGUCAAGGUCAAUAUUGAAGAUAUAAAUGAUAAUGCUCCAUAUUUUGUAGGUCUUCCAUAUUAUGCUGCUGUACAGGUUGAUGCUGAACCUGGGACUCUUAUCUACAAAGUAACUGCCAUAGACAAAGACAAAGGAAAAAAUGGAGAGCUAACCUUUUAUUUGGAAGAUGACUAUGGACAUUUUGAAAUUGACAGGCAGAAUGGCAGUGUGACAUUAAUGAAAAUGUUUGACUCUGACAUCUCCAACUUGGAGUACAUACUAAUUAUAAUUGCCAAAGAUCUUGGCGAUCCUCCUCUAUCGGCAUCUAUUGAGCUUCCAGUUACUAUUGUCAACAAAGCCAUGCCAGUAUUUGAUAAGGCAUUUUAUACGGCUACAGUAAAUGAAGACGUUUUAAUAAACACACCCAUAUUAAGUAUUAAUGCCACAAGCCCAGAAGGGCAAGGAAUUAUUUACACAAUAGUGGAUGGAGAUCCAUUUAACCAGUUUAAUAUAGAUUUUGACACUGGGGUGCUAAGUGUUGUGAGUCCAUUGGAUUUUGAAUUAAACCCAUACUUUAAGUUGACUGUACGAGCCAGUGACUCACUUACCAGCGCACGGGCUGAGGUUAUUGUUGAUAUUGGUGUCAAUGAUGUCAAUGACAACCCUCCAGUGUUCCAAUUUUCAUCAUACAAUGCAACCCUUUCAGAAAGCUCUUUAAUUGGGACACCGGUCCUGCAAGUUGUCGCCACAGAUGCAGAUUCUGACAAUAAUAAAGCUAUAAGGUAUCAGAUUGUUCAGGACAUGUUCAACAACACUGAUUCAUUUCAUAUUGAUAGCACAAGCGGUUUAAUACUCACAGCUAGACUACUAGAUCAUGAGGUGUCACAGCAAAGCAUCCUGAAAAUCCGGGCAACGGACAAUGGUUUCCCAUCACUCCGCAGCGAGAUGCUAGUUACAAUCUACAUAACAGAUUUAAAUGACAACCCUCCAAUUUUCAAUCAGUUGAUUUAUGAGUCUUACGUCAGUGAGCUUGCACCAAGAGGACAUUUUGUCACCUGCGUCCAAGCAUCCGAUGCCGACAGCACUGACAUUGAUAGAUUGGAAUACAGCAUUCUUUCUGGAAAUGAUCGCAUGAACUUUGUUAUGGAUAGCAAAAGUGGUGUCAUCACUCUAUCUAGUCACCGCAAACAACAAAUGGAGCCAAUGCACAGUUUAAAUAUUUCUGUCUCCGAUGGACUCUUUACCAGUACGGCACAGGUGCACAUAAAGAUUCUCGGAGCAAAUCUUUUUAGUCCUGUAUUUGCACAAAGUGUUUAUGUGACUGAGGUAAGAGAGAAUGCUCCUGUUGGAACUAAAGUCAUUUAUGUCAAAGCAACCGAUGGCGAUUCAGGCAUAUAUGGGCAAGUUACCUACACAAUAAUUAACGACGUAGCCAAAAAUCGUUUUUACAUUGACUCUUUGGGGCAAAUUGUUACAACAGAGAAACUCGACAGAGAAAAUCCACUUGAGCAGGACAUCAAUAUAUUUCUGCGUGCUUUGGAUGGUGGAGGGCGAGCUGCCUUCUGCACAGUCCAAGUUCUAGUUGUAGAUGAAAAUGACAACGCUCCACAGUUUAAAGCUACUGAAUAUCGAGCAAGUGUUAAGGCAGACGUGGAGAAGGGCCACCUUGUCACCCAGGUCCAAGCCUUUGAUGCAGAUGAUGGAGCAAAUUCCAGAAUUACUUACUCACUUUACAGUGAGGCCUCUGUGUCUGUAGCCGACCUUCUCGAAAUCGAUCCAGACAAUGGCUGGAUGGUUACAAAGGGCAGUUUUAACCAACUGAAAAAUACGGUGCUUUCCUUCUUCGUAAAAGCUGUUGAUGGUGGAAUUCCAAUGAAACACUCUCUUAUUCCUGUGUACAUUCAUGUUGUCCCCUCAGAAACUGUUUUACCUACAUUCACCCAGCAUCAGUACACAUUUUCAGUGCCAGAAGAUACGGUCAUAGGGACUACCAUAGAUUCCUUUAAGCUCACCCCAGUCCAAGAUGCCCUGUUCAGCACAGUCAAUGGUGAAUUUCCUGAAAAUAACAAGGAUAAUAUUUUUAUCAUUGACAAAGAGAGUGGAAUGUUAAAACUAGACAAAAAGGUUGACCAUGAAACAACACCAGUGUUCCAUUUCAAAGUAUCAGCCAGUGCUCCUUUAGAUAAAGUGGACAUCUUAAUAACCGUUGAUGUGGAAAUUAAGAUCUUGGAUCUGAAUGACAAUAAACCAUUUUUUGACGCCACACACUAUGAGGCAGUAAUAAUGGAGGGUAUGCCUAUAGGGACUAAUGUUAUGCAGGUGAAGGCAUUUGAUGCAGACUGGGGAGCCAAUGGACAAGUCACGUACAGCCUUGUUUCUGAGAGGGAAGAAGGCAAACUCCUUGAAACAUUUACCAUUGAUUCAAAUAAUGGCUGGAUCAGCACACUUAAGGAACUAGACCAUGAGAAAAAUCCAACCUACACAUUUACUGUGGUAGCAUCUGAUCUUGGAGAAACACUUUCCCUUUCUUCUUCUGCCAUUGUUUCAGUAACCAUCACAGAUGUCAAUGACAAUGGUCCAGUCUUUGAGCAGGAAGUGUACAAAGGAUCUAUAAAAGAAAGUGAUGCUCCAGGGGAGGUGGUGGCAAUACUCAGUACUUGGGAUGAUGACACUUCUGAUAUUAAUCGGCAAGUCAGUUACCAUAUUACAGGAGGUAACCGCAAGGGUAAGUUUGGCUUGGGCCUCAUACAAAACGAAUGGAAAGUUUACGUCAAAAGGCCUUUGGAUCGUGAGGAACAGGACACAUACUUUCUGAAUAUCACUGCAACAGAUGGCCUUUUUGUCUCUCAGACUGUCGUAGAGGUUUAUGUAGCGGACGUCAAUGACAACAGUCCUGUGUGUGAUCAGGUUAUAAACACAGCAUCAUUUCACGAAGACAUCCCUCCGAAUAAAAUGCUUCUUAAGAUCAGUGCCAAAGAUGCUGACAUGGGAACCAACGCCGAGAUCCGCUACUCUCUCCAUGGACCUGGUGCCGACAGUUUUUAUUUAGAUGCUGAAAGUGGUGAAUUGAAAACAUUGGCCCCUUUGGAUCGAGAGAAAACUCCGGUCUACCACCUAAUUGCUCGAGCCACAGAUGGAGGUGGAAGGUUUUGUCAGUCGGAAAUACGGUUAAUUCUUGAAGAUGUCAACGACAACCCUCCGGCAUUUUCAUCCAGCUACUACGGCGCCAGCGUCUAUGAAAAUACCCUCACCAAAGCAUUGCUAACUCGGGUGCAAGCAAAUGAUCCUGAUGUUGGUAUAAAUCGGAAGGUCAUCUAUUCCCUGGUAGAUUCUGCUGAAGGUCAUUUCUCGGUUGAUGAACAAUCUGGCAUUAUCGUUUUGGAGCAGCCACUAGACCGGGAACUGCAAUCUACCUACAACAUCACAGUGAAAUCAUCUGACACAAACCCUGCCCUCUCGUUAUCUUCCUUCGCUGUUGUUACUAUCACUGUGCUUGAUGUUAAUGACAACCCUCCCAUAUUUGAGAGAAGAGAUUACCUGAUCACCAUCCCUGAGGACACUGACAUUGGCACCAGAGUCAUAUCAGUCUUUGCUGCAAGCAAGGACAUUGGAACAAAUGCAGAGAUAGCAUACAGCUUCAGGACAGGGAAUGAACAUGGGAGAUUCAGGAUUAAUCCAAAGACGGGGGAAAUAUUGGUUGUCAAUGCUCUGGACUACGAAAGCAGCAGACACUUUUUCCUGGUGGUUGAAGCUAAAGAUGGCGGCUCACCUCCUCUAAGCGCAGUGACAACUGUUAACGUCAACCUGACCGAUGUUAAUGACAAUGCGCCAGCAUUCAGCCAAGAGGUUUAUAGCGCUGUGAUCAGUGAAGAUGCCUUUAUUGGAGACUCAGUCAUUAGAGUCUUUGCUGAAGAUCUUGACAGUCCUUCUAAUGGGCACAUUAUCUUUUCUAUCAUCAAUGGAGAUCAAGAAAAUCAGUUUGCAGUGGACCCAGUUUUGGGACUAAUAAAGGUUAAAGAUAAACUGGACCGUGAAAGGGUAUCUGGAUACUCCCUCCUUAUUCAAGCAAAGGACAGCGGACUUCCCCCUCUCUCCUCCACUGUGACAGUAAAUGUAGAUAUUUCAGAUGUCAAUGAUAACAGCCCUCAAUUCACACCGUCCAAUUAUAGCGCUGUUAUUCAGGAGAACAAGCCCAUUGGAACAAGUAUUCUACAGCUGGUGGUCACCGACAAAGACUCUUACCACAACGGUCCCCCGUUUACGUUCACCAUAUCAAGUGGAAAUGAAGGCGGCAAAUUUGUUUUGGACCAGUCUGGAGUUCUGCGUUCUUCUGUUGUUUUUCAGCAUAUGGUCACUAACGAACAUCUUCUCACUAUACAGGUGAGAGACUCAGGUAAACCACCCUUGACAUCUCAGACUUACGUACAAGUAAAAGUCAUUGAAGAGAGUGUUCACAAGCCAUCCGGCAUUCCCCUGGAGAUAUACAUCGUCACUAUGGAAGAUGACUUCCCAGGAGGUGUUAUUGGGAAGAUUCACGCCACCGACCAAGACAUCUAUGAUGUCCUCUCCUACAAUCUAAAGUCAGAGCAGAAAAGCUUGUUCAAAAUUAACAAUCAUGACGGGAAAGUGAUUGCACUUGGCGGUCUGGAUGGGGGCAAGUAUACUCUCAAUGUAUCGGUUAGCGAUGGGCGCUAUCAGGUGUCGGUGGAUGUGACUGUGCACGUGGAGCAGUUGAUGCAGGAAAUGCUACAGAAUGCUGUGACAAUACGUUUCGAGAACAUCUCCCCCGAAGAUUUUGUUGGGCUCCAUUUGCACGGCUUCCGUCGUACUCUCCGUAACGCGGUCCUGACACAGAAAGAAGACAGCCUAUAUAUAAUCAGCAUUCAACCUGUGGCUGGAACUAACCAGCUCGAUAUGCUGUUUGCUGUGCAGAUGCAAAACGGAGGCUUCUACAGGCCUGCCUAUUUGAUUCAGAAGCUUUCAAAUGCAAGGAGACAUUUGGAAAAUGUAAUUCGGAUAUCAACAAUCCUGGAGAAGAAUUGUUCGGGAUUGGACUGUCAGGAGCAGCACUGCGAGCAGACCCUGUCCAUUGAUUCUCACUCACUAAUGACCUACAGUACAGCCAGAAUCAGCUUUGUGUGCCCGCGGUUUUACAGGAAUGUACGCUGUAUAUGUAAUGGCGGACUGUGUCCAGGAUCGGCAGAUCCGUGUUUAAACAAGCCGUGUCCCGAGGAUAUGCAAUGCGUUGGAUAUGAAAUCAGUCGGAGACCUUUCAUCUGUCAGUGCCCACCGGGCAAACUCAGCGAAUGUUCAGGCCACACGUCCCUCAGUUUUGCUGGGAACAGCUACAUCAAAUACAGGGUCUCUGAAAACAGCAAGAGAGAUGAAUUCAGACUGGGCCUACGAAUGAGGACCCUUCAGAACAAUGCCAUCAUCAUGUACACCAGGUCCAACCCCUGCAUGAUUCUAAAGAUCGUGGACGGUAAGUUAUGGUUCCAAUUGGACUGUGGCAGCGGGCCAGGAAUCCUGGGAAUUUCUGGCCGGACGGUGAACGACGGGAGUUGGCACUCGGUCUUUCUGGAGCUGAAUCGCAAUUUCACAAGCUUGUCGCUGGAUGAUAGCUACGUGGAACGUCGCAAGGCGCCGCUCUACUUCCAGACCCUCGGCACAGACAGCUCCAUUUAUUUCGGAGCCCAGGUGCAGGUGGAAAAUGUCCGAAGCCUGACCGACAAAAGGAGUACACAGGUCUUGGGCGGCUUCCAGGGAUGCUUGGACUCCGUCGUCUUGAAUAACAAUGAACUGCCACUUCAGAACAAGAGAAGCAGCUUUGCAGAAGUGGUCGGAUUAACCGAAUUAAAACUCGGCUGCGUGCUCUACCCCGAUGCGUGCGAGAGGAAGCCGUGCCAGAACGGAGGCAGCUGUACAAGUGUGCCAUCUGGUGGUUAUCAGUGCAGUUGCCCAUCUAAGUUUAUAGGGAAGAACUGUGAGUCAGAGAUCACGGCAUGCUUUCCAAACCCUUGCCGGAAUGGUGGGACGUGUGAUCCGAUUGGGAGCGCGUUUAUCUGCACUUGCAGGACCGGCCUGAGGGGAUUAACGUGUGAAGAAGAUGUAAAUGAGUGUGAACGAGAGGAUUGUGAAAACGGUGGAACUUGUGUGAAUAUCUUUGGGUCCUUUUUCUGUAACUGUACCCAUGGAUACGUUGGACAGUAUUGUGGUUUGAGGCCCGUUGUGGUUCCCAACAUUCAAGCUGGACAUUCCUAUGUUGGCAAGGAGGAGCUGAUUGGAAUAGCCGUGGUGCUGUUUGUAAUAUUUGUCCUCAUCGUCCUUUUCAUAGUUUUCCGAAAGAAGGUGUUCCGCAAGAACUACUCACGUAACAACAUCACUCUUGUCCAAGACCCUGCCACUGCAGCACUUUUAAAUAAAACCAACGGGAUUCAGUUUAAGAACCUUCGCAGUGGCGGAGAUAGUAGAAACAUUUACCAAGAGGUGGGGCCACCACAAGUACCAGUCCGGCCCAUGGCUUACACCCCUUGUUUCCAGAGUGAAUCCCGGAACAAUCUUGAUAAGAUGGUGGAUGGUCUUGGUGUGGAGCACCAGGAGAUGACCACCUUUCAUCCUGAGUCUCCAAGGAUCCUGACGGCUCGAAGAGGAGUGGUGGUGUGCAGUGUGGCUCCCAACAUGCCAUCGGUGUCGCCUUGCCGGUCUGACUGUGACUCAAUUAGGAAAGGACCGUGGGACUCGGGAAAUGAUUGUCGAGGAUUGGAGCCAGCCGAAGAAGUGACCUGCUUUGUCGGAAGUACAAAAGGAAGCAAUUCUGAAAACCAUUCUCUGAACUCUUUUCAGUCAGAUUCCGGAGAUGACAAUGCUUCCAUAGUGACUGUCAUUCAUCUAGUCAACAAUGUUGUUGAUAAUAUUGAACAUGAAGCUCCAGUAAUGGACCAAGGACAGAAUUACAACAGAGCUUACCAUUGGGAUACUUCAGACUGGAUGCCAAGUGCACGAUUGUCGGACAUAGAAGAGGCUCCAAACUACGAAGCCGCAGAUGGAUCCUCUGCUCACCAUGGUAGUACCAGAGAGUUGGAGUCAGACUAUUACCUUGGUGGCUACGACAUUGACAGUGAUUACCCUCCUCCUCAACAUGAAGACUAUUUAAGCCAAGAUCAACUGCCACCUCCACUUCCGGAGGACUUCCAAGAACAUUAUGAUACUCUUCCAAAAGUACAGCCACGAACCGUGGUUAGUACGCUCAGUCCGGACUCUAGGCGACGCCCACAGUUCCAUCCAAGCCAAUACCUCCCACCCCAUCAUCUCUCAAAUGAAAUAGAUACAUCGAUUGCCCAAGCUGGACAUUCUUUUAGUACUUUUGUGCCUGGUCCAAGCCAAAAUAUGGACAAAUCAAGCACAGAUAACGUUUCUUUAUCCUUGCACAAUUCUGUGGGUGCUUCCUCAUCGGACGUCUCAGCUAUCUGUGGACUUGAAGACACAGAAGUGGCCAUAAGUGACUAUGAAAGUUUAGACAACUUUCGAAUUGAUCAAUCCCACAUUCCCUAUAUGGAAACCCAACAUCAGACUCAAGUGUGAUAAACUUUUUGUUUUAUAUGCCAUAUUGAAAAAGCCACAUCAUUCAUCCUGGACUAUAGUAACAAGUGCAAACCUUUGGAAUUCCAGUCGCUUAGAUAGUAUGUCAGUUAUCUGUUGAGAAAAAUUAAAUAGACAAUCCUUUUAACACUUUGCUGAUAUUUAUUGCCAAACAUAUGCACAGUGUUUUAGUACUCAAAAGAAUUUUGGGGAAAAAAAAGUACAGUUUGAAAUUCUCUUGCAUAUCUUAAGGGGAUGGAUGCUACAUUUAUAAGCAGGUGAACAUGCAUUUGCUGGUACUGUGUAUCAUAUGGCUUUGAGAUGCUGAAGUGUAGCUAUAAGAGUAUUAAAGCGAACUUGUAACUUUCAAA